AGCAGUCUGGUCCAGAUCCACUUCUUCGCUCCGCUCGAGACGCGCGCAUUGUACACACACGGGCAGGCAGCUCGCGGCAUCGAUCGUGGCUCCUUUAAGAAAAACUAAGCCAGAAAUAUCACUCCACCUCCUCUUGAUCUCAUUUAGAGGCUAUUGCAUAAAAAAAUCAGCUCAGGAGGCUGAGAGUGAUCAAAGAAAGGAGAGAGCUUGAUUUUUUGUGACCAGUUGAGUAUUAACAUUUAAGGUGUCCCAACCAGUGGAAGCGCACGGCGGAUCAUCAUUCAUUCAGCACUUUGACAACCUCGCGUUUGAUUGACAGCUGGAGUGGCAAAAAGCCAUGAGUCACUAGUUUUGUUUGAGGGGCAUUUUCAUACUUGUUUGGUAAAGAAGAUUUGUUCUUUCCCUGCCGUUGUCCUGUGAAAAACGAAGGAACUAAUUGCAUCGCUUUUAGGCGAGCCCGAGCUGAAGCUCCAGUCUCUUCGCCUACAUAAAGGAAAAAUAAGGAUUUUCUUUUCCUGCUUUUGGAAUUUGCGUGCUUAUUCCUCUCCACCCUGGCCUCAUAGGGGAUAUAUCUGAAGUUCGAGGAAGAAGAGGGCGCGAGACAGGCCGAUGGCGCAAAGGUACGAAGAUCUGCCCCAUUACGGCAUGGAAGGCGUAGGAAUCCCGACCACGAUGUACGCGGAUCCUCACGCCGCCAGAUCCAUGCAGGCUGUCCAUCUGAAUCACGGUCCCCAGCUGCACUCGCACCAGUAUCCGCACGCGGCCCACACCAACGCCAUGCCCCCCAAUAUGGGCUCCUCCGUCAACGACGCGCUAAAAAGAGAUAAAGAUGCCAUUUACGGGCACCCCCUCUUUCCUCUCCUAGCACUGAUUUUUGAGAAAUGUGAAUUAGCGACUUGCACACCGAGAGAACCCGGCGUUGCUGGAGGCGACGUUUGCUCCUCGGAAUCCUUCAAUGAAGAUAUAGCCGUGUUUGCAAAACAGGUUCGGGCAGAAAAGCCUUUAUUUUCAUCGAACCCUGAACUGGAUAAUCUGAUGAUACAAGCAAUUCAAGUAUUACGAUUUCAUCUCCUGGAGCUAGAGAAGGUACACGAGCUUUGCGACAAUUUCUGCCAUCGCUAUAUCAGCUGCUUGAAGGGGAAGAUGCCCAUCGAUUUGGUUAUAGACGACAGAGAAGGUGGAUCAAAAUCAGACAGUGAAGAAAUCACAAGAUCAUCCGGAACCCUAGAUCAGGUAUGCGGUCUUCUCCUUCAUUUACUGUGUAAAAAGUAGGAUAUUCAGAUUGUC